AUGGAAAACAAACUACCUGGUCGAGAGGAGCUAAUCGACUACACCCCUAGCAAGGGGGAGCCAGGAUACGUUGGACCCCUCUUUAAAAAUGCUUUAAACGCUUGGGAACUCCAGGGAUCUACGAUGCCAUUGACCACUUUACGAGAGUUUACGAUGCUGCAGCUUAUGAACACUAUCACAGAUAAACCAGACUGGAACAUCAAGGUUAACGAUCAAGAAAUCACUGACAAAUGGAAGCAAGAAGCAAUGUCCUCUGGUGCCGAUAUCACGUCCGCCAUGGUAGAUUACUGUAUCGAUGAACUUCGCUAUAAGGCAUCUCUCAUACCGAAAGAUGCAUCACCUCCCAUUAUCGUCUACAACGGUGAUGUGGUCAAAUCAGAUACCGCAUUAUCAGUCGAAUUCAAGAAGGAGUUGCAAGAAGCAGUGACCAAAUUUGAGAAUUCCAUCCCAGCCAGGCUGAAAGACUGGCAUCCCGGGUCUGAUGAGAAAGUUUGGGAUCUUGUUCAUCCAUCCUUGUUCCCUCUUGUGUAUGGCCGUUCACGCGUUCUCGAACGAGGCAUGCCGCAAACUACAUUGGAUGACUGCAUAGAACGCUGCGGGGAAGGAAAGAUCGCUGACGUCCGUGAUUCUGACGAGGGAGACCGAUCUUAUAGUCAAAAAUUCCAAUGGCUUCCUUGUGAAGUCGAUAUAUCAGGCGAGGAUCCAAAGAUCACAACGUACAUCAACAAUCUCCACCCUCAACGCGAGAAACCUCUUUAUGCUUUGGUUGAGAAAUUGAUUAAAGAAUCUAUCCCUUUGUGGGACUUGACCUUAGCACCUUUGCGAAAUGACUUCUGCCAUCAGUUACGCAUCAAAUAUCAUCACGUCGAGCAUGCCGAUGAAGGGGAGACAGAUCCAAACAUUGUCGGCCCAUUGAAUGUAACGCAGGGCGCUGGAGCCGGCUCGUCUCUGCCACAAAAUCAAUCCGAUGACGGAGAGGAUGACGAUGAGGAUGACGACCAUGAUGAAGAAGAUGACUUCGACGAGUUCCGAGAGGCUCGAGGUCCCGAAAUCCGUCCACAACCAGGAGUUUUUGCUCCUCUUCCCGCUCCUCCCAAGUUCAGUCUGAAGGAUGCCUACAAGCAACGUGGGCUUCAGGUGAUCGUCAAGCUAGCAAAUAUUGAAUUGACGCCUGAAAAGCCUGAUUACGCUGGGGGCUCCUGGCAUGUGGAAGGUCAACUGAAUGAACACAUUGUGGCUACUGCACUCUAUUACUAUUCAUGCUCCAACAUCACUUCGUCUUCAUUAUCCUUUCGCCAGAUGUUCUCCGUCUGGGAUGAUAUGGAUGAAGUUAAUUACGAGCAAGACGACCACCGAUGGGUAACCACCAUAUUUGGGUGCAAGCAAGACGGUUUAGCCAUCCAAGACGUUGGUGGAGUCGACACACGCGAAGGCCGUCUGCUCACCUUCCCCAACGUACUCCAGCACCGCGUAGGUCCGUUCAAACUACAGGAUCCGACGAAACCAGGCCACCGCAAAAUCGUAGCACUAUUCCUUGUUGACCCGAACAUCAAAAUCAUCAGCACCGCACAUGUUCCCUGUCAGCGCCAGGACUGGUGGGUGGACAACAUUCAGCAGAAGUCGAAUGCGGCCGGUCUCGAUCAGCUGCCUCUUGAACUUCAGGAGAACGUCUUGGAGGGGGUGGAUUUCCCUAUUUCUCUGCGUGAGGCGAAGCAGAUGAGGGAGGAGCUUAUGGAAGAGCGCAAAUUGUAUCACCUUGGCAAAGAGGAGAAGUUUAAGGAGGAUUUUACCAUCUCGCUUUGCGAACAUUGA